AUGGCUGGCAAACCCUGUUGUCGUCAAAAAGAAGAAUGGCAAACGGCGAAUCUGCGUAGACUUCACGAUCUCAAUAAAGCACGCUCCAAGGAUAGUUUCCCCUUGCCGCAGAUCGAUCGAAUCGUCGAGGCAACUGCAGGCAACGAGCUCUUGUCAUUCAUGGACGCCUUCUCCGGGUACAAUCAGAUCACGAUGCAUCCCGAGGAUCGUGAGAAGACGUCCUUCAUCACCGAUCGAGGGACCUAUUGUUAUAAGGUAAUGCCGUUCGGCUUAAAGAACGCUGGUGCAACGUACCAACGACUAGUCAACCACAUGCUAGUAAAGUCACUCACCGCCGGUGAUCACAUCGGCUAUCUGCAAGCUUGCUUCACCGUUCUAAAUCAAUACCAGAUGAAGCUCAAUCCGACUAAGUGUAUUUUUGGGGUAACCUCCGGAGAAUUCCUCGGCUACAUCGUCACUAAACGAGGAAUCAAGGCAAAUCCGAAGCAGAUCGAUGCCCUAAUCAAUCUCCCAUCACCUCGCAACACUCGCGAGGUCCAACGUCUUACCGGCCGAAUCGCGGCGCUUAACCGAUUCAUCUCGCGAUCCAUAGAUAAGUGUCUUCCGUUCUAUCAACUCCUCCGAGGCAACAAACGUUUCGAGUGGGAUAACAAAUGUGAGGAAGCCUUCCAACAACUUAAGGAAUACCUCGCCAGCCCUCCAAUUUUAGCAAAACCUGAAACGGGCGAAACCCUCUACCUCUACAUCGCUGUGUCGAGCUCGGCGGUAAGCGGCGUUUUAGUCAAAGAAGAUCGAGGCGAGCAGAAACCGAUUUUCUACGUUAGUAAAACUCUAGACGACGCAGAAAAACGGUAUCCGACUUUGGAGAAACUCGCGCUCGCGGUCAUCAUCCCGAGCCAGUCCCGUCGCAUUGCAAAGUGGGUUGUCGAGCUGACGGAGUAUGAUAUUGAGUAUCGCAAUAAGACAAGUGCCAAAUCGCAGGUCCUCGCGGAUUUUCUAGUAGAGCUUCCGCCAGAGCUAAUCCAGACCGACCUACCUGAUGAGAAGUGGUCCUUAUACGUCGACGGAUCAUCUUCGUCUCGAGGCGCAGGUAUUGGCAUCCGACUAGAGUCUCCGACGAAAGAGAUAUUGGAGCAGUCGUUCCGGCUCGAAUUUCCAGCCUCGAAUAAUGAAGCAGAAUACAAGGUUUUACUCGCAGGACUUCGUCUAGCCCAAGGUAUCGGGGUCAAGAAAAUCGAAGCUUUCUGCGACUCCGAGCUCGUUGCCCGCGAAUACAGCGGCGACUACGACACCAGAAACGACCGGAUGGACUUGUAUCUUAAAGCCGUCAAGAACCUCACUGAUCGCUUCGAAUCUUUCUCACUCACCAGAAUUCCGAGGAGUGACAACACCUCGGCAGACGCACUAGCCGCCCUCGCAUCGACGUCUGAAUCACAUCAAAGGCGUGUGAUCCCGGUCGAAAGCAUCGAUUCCCCCAGCAUCGUCCUACCUCGAGGAGUAUGCGCAGUUCGAGAACUCGAAGCAAACAGAUUAGACGCCAUCGAAUUACCUCCCCUCGAGGUCGUCGAUGAGCCCGCCGAACAAGAACCGACAACCGAGGACUGGAGGAUCGAAAUCUUGCUCUACAUUACAGACGGCCAAGUCCCACCCGACCGAUGGGCAGCGAGGCGCUUAAAAGUUCGAAGCGAUAAAUACAUUCAGUCACACGGCAAUCUUUAUCGUUGGAGCUCAACAGGCGCCCUGCUCAAUUGUCUUCACGGUGAAGAGACGCUCGAUGUCAUGCGAGAAACACACGAAGGAGCAUGUGAAAAUCACUCCAACGGUCGAGCUCUCGCUCUAAAAAUCAAGAAUCACGGCCACUUCUGGCCAACAAUGCUUACCGAUUGUGAUCGAUUUGUAGCUCGCUGCGAACAAUGUCAACGGCACGCCCCAAUGAUCAACGCGCCAGCCGAGCUCCUGGCCACUUCCUCACCACCUUAUCCCUUCAUGCGAUGGGCGAUGGACAUCAUCAUCAUCUGCCGCCACGGAUUACCUUACGAGAUUGUCACCGAUAAUGGCCCCCAAUUUAUCUCCGAUGUCUUCGAGGACUUCUGCGCCAAAUGGAGAAUACGACUCAACAAAUCUACACCGCGAUAUCCACAAAGAAACGGCCAGGCCGAGGCAACCAACAAAACCAUCCUCGACGGCAUCAAAAAGAGACUCGAAGAUAAGAAAGGCUUAUGGGCAGACGAACUGGACGGAGUCCUAUGGUCACAUCGAACUACACCGCGACGGUCGACGAAUAAAACUCCUUUCUCGUUGUCUCACGGCAUGGAAGCUUUAGCUCCUACUGAGGUCAGUCUACCAACCAUACGCAGAACGAUGUUGACACAAGACGGUAAAAGGAACAGAAGGAUGAUGAAAGAUAGCCUCGACAUGCUCGAGGAGGAGCUAGAUCACGCCCUAUUACGUAUGCAAAACUAUCAGCAGUAA